AGAGAGAGAAAAGAGGUUCGAGAAAGAGAAGUAAGGCACAACCAGAGAGAGAGAGGGAGUGGGAGAGAGAGAGAGGGAGAGAGAGAGAGAAACUGUUUAAACGUGUGUUCCCUCUUCAGUCUCAGCAUCGCUCAGUUUCUGCAGGAGGCUGCAGCUCCAUCCCUCCAGGAUCUCCACUGGCACCAGUGACCAGAUAUGAUCAACCCACUUCCCAGUCAGCCAGUUUCUCUCUGAACUGGGAUUUUUUUCCCUUUUUUUUUUUUUUGUUUUUUUGUUUUUUUGCAUGGAUGAUUACAGCCUUCCGCACAUUCAUGGAUUUCUCACACCACAACUAAUUUGACUGAAACACGGAAUUUGCGCAAAAAGAAAAGACAGAAAAGGGGGCUCUCUAAGUGGUUUCCAGCUAUUUUUAGGCUUGUGGAAGCAGCACUUAAGUGUGCUCUGGACAUGGGACCGUGCGUCCGCCGAGAGAGAUCCGGCGCCAUAGGAAGAGCAUCUUCCUGAAGAAGGAAAAGCCCGUCACCGGGAGUUGUUUUAAUCUGCAUAUACAAUUGAUUUAUUACUACCAAGGAAGGGAAGCUGUGGGUUUUACGCGCCGGAAUGAUGCAUCCCAAUCGCGGCUUCAUUUUGCUCCUUCUCAACGGAACCGCUUGUUUGGUGGCUCUGGGUCAAGAAGAAGAUUCGUCUGGCCCCAAGAGCUCUUCAGACGACUCCUCCAAGACGGUAGGCCUUCUGAGCGGGCAGGCUCCCCUCUCGCCCCUGAGCCGCUGGAUGCUCCACAGUAAAAGCAGAGCGGCUAAUGCAACCUCUCUGGAGCUGCCCUACCGCUCCCCGGUCCCUUUCUCCAAGCAGGAGUUUUCUAAACAGGAGUUCUGGGAGAUGUUGGGCAGUGAUCUCCUCAAACCUGACACCUCGAGCUCCAGGGUGAAACGCCGGCCGAUCGUUAAGACUGGCAAGUUCAAGAAGAUGUUUGGCUGGGGAGACUUCUAUUCCAAUAUCAAGACAGUUAGGCUUAACCUCCUGAUCACUGGCAAAAUUGUGGAUCAUGGUAACGGCACGUUCAGCGUCUACUUUCGACACAACUCCACGGGCCAGGGCAACAUCUCAGUCAGCCUGGUGCCACCUGUCAAGGCGGUGGAGUUCGAUCUGGAGCGUCAGAGCGUAGUUUACCCAAAGGACUCCAAGAUCUUCAACUGCCGCGUGGACUAUGAGAAGGUGGAUCGCAGCAAGCGUACCUCGUUGUGCAACUACGACCCGUCCAAGACCUGCUUUCAGGAACAGAUCCAGAGCCAUGUGUCCUGGAUUUGCUCCAAGCCUUUUAAGGUCAUCUGUAUCUACAUUUCGUUCUACAGCACGGACUACCGCCUGGUGCAGAAGGUCUGCCCGGACUACAACUAUCACAAUGAGAUGCCCUACCUGCCCUCUGGCUAGGAGACUCGCGGGGGAGCGGGGCAGGAGGAGAGAGGAAAAGGGGGAUGAGUGGGAGUACGGCAAGCGAGGAGAAAACCAGGGCUGUGAAUUGUCUUUAGUGCCAUAGUGGCAGUGUGACACCUUAAAAGAAAAACCUUCUGUAGCCUGACUAAUCUAAAAUGUAAAACCAUAUAUGCAAAACAAAAACUACAGUAUGCAGAUAUCGAGGCAUUUGGAAUGCUCACCUACAGCAUUCAUUAACUGGACUGGUAGUGAAAAAUCAAGCACCGGCAACAUGCACAUUCUUACCUCAAUCCAGUUUCUAAAUGCCAACUUCUCGCCAGCAAUUUCUCUCCUCCAUUAAGUCAUGCUGUGAAUGUCCUUUUAAUCACACUUUACAAUAUUACUCUUUUACAAAGUCACAAGACAGUAUUUUAAGAUAAUGUGUGCGUUUAAAUGCUGUGAUAUGAUUCACUGGAGAGCGGCAUACCAAUUCUGACUUUAUUACAAUUGAUGAUUUAGUUUUUGCCGUCGUAAACUGUAAAACAAUCAUGAUUUGAAAAUACCACAGAGAACAUAAAACAUUAUUUUACGAGAAUGUGAUGUAACCAGACGCAAGACCAGUCGGGCCAUUAUGUUUUUUUAAAGGGCGAUUUUUUUAUAUGAACUUAAAUCCAUCCCAGAAAAAUAUUGGACGUUCCUCCUCGCACUCAGUCUGUCUCUGUGUGUCUGCAUCGUGUGAUGUAAGCAUCCCUCCACGUCAUCUUCACCAUGUAGUGUUUACCUGCCAAAUCGAAUCACAAUAUAUCCUUCGGUUAUGUUGCCCGCACUUCAAUAAAACAGAAAUAAAGAGCGGCCGAGAGAAAGAGUGAUACAAUUUACACAGAAAAAGAGGAAUUACUCAACAAUGAUUCGACUGGACCCGGGCUGAAGACAAGUUCGGUGUGAUGGGAAUAACUAGAUUCGGCGUGGAGAUAGAAAUGGCCCUCUACACUUAAGAGAGAGCGAGCAAGGUGGGGGAGUGGGAGACGGAGAGAUUCAGUGAGCUCUUUUAAUUAAAGUGGAGAAGGAGACGUAGAGUAUGCAGCGCCUUCUUUUGUCUCGUCUGUAUGAAAAAGAUUACAUUUUGUUGCCGUCAGGAUUCCUGAUUUCACGCCUUGAUAACUUUGACUGUGUGAGGGAGAAUGCUCUCUCCUGACAAAUACUGUUCGCUAAAGUCAGCCUGUUAUCUUGAAUAAAUGAAAAUAUUAUCAUAAUAAUUACAUAUAAUUUAAUCUCCUUUAGAACUAAUUAAGGUUUCCACGAGGGGGCAAAAUGCAUUCCUUAAACACAAGUCAGCGGGUAGGAUGAGAGGACAUUCGUGGGGACUGUUGUGGCUUUUUUUCCCCCUUUUUUUUUGCGUGGAGCCAGCAGCUAAAGCUCAGCCAAGAGUUAACUGCUCUCAUUAAGAUAAAUGGCCACUGGCUGGCCCAUCUCAUGUUGCUCUCACAAACAAUAUCAGCGGAGAGCAGCGCACAAUGGAGCUAUGAAUUAGGGAGCCUGACAUUCUGUGUGCUGAGAGGUUACCACUGUCCUGUUUAUGAGGACACAAUGACUUCUUGGUUCAUUAACAAUGAACGGUCGCACGACAGGUGUGAGGAGCCAUUAAACAGUGACAUCAGAUAACCAGUUUGAUGCUAAUGUACUGUGACAUCAGUGAUAUUAGCCCAGAUCAGUGCACGUGCAUGCUUGGCUGAAACUGCACGACCAAGUCCCAGGUGGACCCGCGCAGCGGCGAACGGUCACCGUGAAGCUGUCCUCCAGUGGGGGGAGGCAUAAUGUCAGACAUAAAUGCAGCGCUUUGACAGCUCCGCGCGAGCUCGGGAGAGCGGGAUUUCGGGGGAGGGGUUCGUUCCCUCACAUACUUUUAUAGGAAAAUCAACUUGUGGCCGAGAGCUAAUGGCGACAACGCACAAGCAUGUCUGCUGUUCAUCCGUCGGAGCGCACACAUGCUUGGAUGCCCCGCUUGUUGACAGCACCCUCUCACUGUUUCAAUAUCAAGACUUCUCACUGAGGAGGUUUUCCUACGGAGGCUACUAUCAAUCACAGUGUCAGGUUACAGUCUGCGCAUAUUUAUUUGAAAGCCCGGUCUCAGUUGAAUAUACAAUGUAGGCUUGGCAGGAACUCAAACUAAAACGCCUGAUACUCGCCCCGAAAGUGCAUUUUCCUGAAAUAGAAAGUUCCAUGUGUUUAAAAUGCACCCGCCAGCAUCUUGCGCUCUGUUCAUCCAUGUCCUCAUCCUCCAGCUCUCUCUGCCCCUUUCCUCUCUAGACGUCUGCAUGUUACUCAGCCAUAUGCUCCGCUGUCUUCAUGCUGUUGUCCUCUCCCCGCGUGUGGCCUGGCUGACUGGCCUCAGCCUCCUCUUAGCCUCUCUACUUUUCAUACCCUGUAGUUGAACCAUGCUGUGGGUAGUCCCUCACCGCUGCCCCGCCCACCCCCCUGCACACUGCGCUGAACUGAGCUGGCUAAUCUCUGUGAGCUUAACGUCGAGCCAAGUGAACAUCGGCAGCGAGAACUCCCCUCGCUCCGUCUCAAUCUAUUUCCCCUCUAUAUCUAUAUCCCAUCAAACAGAUGCGUGUGCGCACACAGUCUUAACAUGUGCUGGUGUAGGUAUUUUUCCUCUCUCCUGUUCAAAGCAUUUUACAUAAGCCCCUGGAUUGUGAGGACGUGAAAGCUCCUCGAGAGCACACCAACAGAGUGCCCGACGCAGACACGCCCCAGUAACCUCAAUACUCCUCCCCUGUCCUGCAGGGCAUCUGAAGGGAAGUUGGAUACUAACACGUGAUGGAAUCAAAGCUGGGCAACGCGAGCCCACACUGUACUGAUGCUGAAAAAAGCAAGGACACAUGUUGGGCUACCUGCAGAGGAGAAGCCCCCUCACUCUGCCCCUUACUGCUUCUCUCAGAUUUACAGCAAUACUCUCACCGAGACUCCACCCUCUCCGCCUCGCCGAGGUGCGUUACAGAAAGGCUGCUGGACUGAGUUUAAGAAACAGACGUGUUGCUGUGGACAGUGUUGUUAUGGCAACAGCCUUAUUGUUGACCCAUCCGGUGCCAACAGACACAUGGGUAUUUGGCCUUAGAGACUGCAAGACAACACUGGUCCUCUUAGCAAAGAAUAGUAACAAAAUGAGACUGUCAAAAAUAUAAAUAUACAUGAUAUAUAAAUAUAUAUAUAUAUAUAUAAAUAAAUAAAUAAAUAAAAGCUAAGAGUCCUGAGAUCUGAAUAAAAUUGUAUUUAAAUGUGGGUCAUGCAGUGAAGGUUGUCUGUUUUACUUUUCCGUUGCUCAUGGUUCUGUUUCUCUGUGUCAUGUGGAUGAUAUACUGUAUGGAUGACAUGAUGGCAUUUACUGUGGUUUUCAACAUUCGAAAAAUCAAUAAAGUACACCGAAGUACUUGAGCCACCUCGAUCGUA